UAUUCCAUGCAAUGUGUUUCUUUCAUCAACCGGUCCGGUUAUUUUCAAACCGGUGGAGAAUCAAUCAAGUUUUAAACAAAUUAUUAUCAUACCCGAAUAUUUCGGUUACCGGGAGAUCCGGGCUACCCUCUCUCUUGUCGGGACAUCGCAUGAAGAAGUUGAGUUAGGCGUUGACUUUAUUAUUUCACUCACACUGGCUAGUGACAUAACAAGAGAUCAAUGACUAUCGACGAUCAAUCACACUUGAAGAAAGAGGGAGAAAAUAGUACGAAUCCUAAGAUCAAUAGGUACUGGAUUCAACGUUACGAUCUGUUCUCGAGGUAUGACGAAGGUAUCCAAAUAGAUGAAGAAGGAUGGUACUCUGUGACUCAUGAAGAGAUCGCCAUCAAACACGCAGAGAGGUGCCGUGGAAAAGUGGUGAUUGAUUGCUUCGCAGGCGUUGGUGGUAACACUAUUCAAUUUGCUAAAGUUUCUUCUUCUGUAAUCGCUAUCGACAUUGAUCCAAUGAAAGUUCAAAUGGCUAUGAACAAUGCAAACGUCUAUGGAGUUGCUAAUCAUGUGGAUUUUGUCGUUGGUGAUUUCUUCAGUUUAGCUCCAUCUCUCAAAGGAGAUGUAUCGUUUCUUUCGCCACCAUGGGGAGGACCAAAUUAUUGCAAAGUCGAGAGUUUCAAGAUGGAUAUGCUUCAGCCAAGAGACGGGUACUCAUUGUUUAAGAUUGUUCAGUCCAUUACUCCUAAUAUCAUCAUGUAUCUACCGAAAAAUGUUGAUUUAGCACAGUUGGAAGAACUGGCUUCCCUCUCGUCACCUCCCCUAACUCUUGAGAUAGAAGAAAGUUGUAUUGGAGGCAAAAUGAUAGCCAUAACGGCUUAUUUUAGUCGCAAUGCAAUUUGAACUUGCAUCAAAAAGGAACUAUCUUUUCUGCAGCAGGGGAUAGAGGAAUUGACUCCUGAAGGAGUUAAUACAAUUUCUUGAAGAGAAUUUUUGAAAUAAAUAGUUAUGAUUAUUGUUCCAAGGAUACAGAAUUCUCAUUUCAUCUUUCCACUUUAUGCAGGAUUCUAUCACAUGGAUAUUUGAUACAAAUUCAAUGCAUCAUUCGUAGAAAAUAAAGAAUUCACUCUCCUUUCCCGUUAGUUUAUUCGGUUAGACUCCGUUGAUAUCGACUGUAAAAAAGUCGAGCACUGAUGAGUGAUGACAAAAUUUAUGGUACAAACAAACAAACCCAUUUGAAAAGUUCAAAAGCCCUAGCCGCUCCCUUGCAGACAACCUAAUCUCAAUCUUGUUUUCACCGGUAUCCAACCGCUGUGUCGGUGCCGGUGUGACCUCUUUCUCUUUACUUUUGUGUAUUGCUUUGGUUUUUCUCUGGAGACUCUUCUCCAUCUCAUGUCUACAUGUUUGCUUGCUCUGUUGUCUCGGCGACGACGUCUCUGUUCGACUGUUCGGAAUGGAGGCGUUCGAAGGGCAGGUAGUGGAGUAACGACAAGACAUGUGUGAAGGCGUUGGCAGCUCCAGAUCUUUGUCUUUUUUUGCUCACUGGAUUUGGAGUGUGUAGAUCCAUCCGGCUUUCGUUCUCAUUGGUUGGUUUGGAUCAAUAACCAGUACUUGCUUCAAGGGCCUUGUUGAUUUGUUUACUAUCGAAUCACCUCACGAUCGUGGAUUUGGCGAGUAAGAGAAGCUUUGUUCUUCGGUUCUCGUUGACGAAUUGCGUAUUAAUCACCGGCUCUGGUGGACCAUCCCAGCAUCAUCGUUUGGGCUGUGGCCUUCUCGUUGAUGGGUCAAAAUCUUUUGCUUCUCUUUUGCAGGUAUGAGUGUGGCCUGGUAAAUUAAUUUGGAGUUUAGGGUUUAAGUUGGAUAAAACACGAGCCUGGUAAAUUUGUCGUAACUCGGUCCACGUAAAUGCGCCGUAAAUUUUCCACGUAAAUUUGUCGUAACUUUAAAAGCACGGGUCUGGUAAAUUCGUUGUAAAUGAAAAAACGUAAUUUUGUCGUAAAUGAAAAAAAACGCGGGUCUGGUAACUUCGUCGUAAUUUUACGACGAGUUUAAGAGGAAUGCAUUUUCUUAUAUAUAGGCGACGUGUCAAAACGAGCUUUCAUUCAUUCCUCCCAAAUCCCUCUCCACUCCUCCAAGGUAACCUCUCCCUCUCUCUAAUUUUUUUUAAAAAGAAUUGUUUAGUUUUAGGUGGUUUGUAUAGGUAAUUAGUUUAAGUGGUUAGUAUAGAUAAUUAGUUUAAGUGGUUAAUAUAGGUAAUUAGUUAGGUAUCGGAAUAAUAUUUUUAAAUUAUAUCGUUAUUGAUAAAACUAACUGUAAUUUUAAAAAAAACUUUAGAUGGGUGAUAUGUUGUGUUUUUGGCACAUUUUAACAUUGUUUUCUAAUUGGUUUUCAAGUCUUUAUCGAGUCUUUCUAGUCCUUUUCGAGUCAUUACAGGUCUGGAGUAGGCUAAAGAGUUGAAGGAAGGUGCAUGAAGAAAGAUGUAAGAAUUGGAGUCCUUCCUGCGGAGCAAUCAUGUGGAGCAGUCAGACGGGUUAUCCCGUAGGAGCAAUCACGCGGAGCAACCAGGCAGACUGCUCCCAAAAAUUAUGGAAAGUUCUGAUUAAUUCGGGAUUUGCCCUAGCUUUUCUAUUUUCUUCUCCCAGCCGCCUGUGGCAUACAAAAACACUUUUUUCUGCUUUACUUUGACAUUCUACGCUAGUUUAUAGAGAGAAACCAGACCCGAAAACUCCAUUGUUGGAUUUGCUUAUUGUAAAGGGAGAAGGAUCUCUACACUCUUGAGAAGAAUCUUGAACCCUAUCUCUUUUAUUUUAUUGAUUCAGCAUGUUUUCUUCA